UGGUUUGUCUUGCAGAGUUAUCUUUCAGAAGCCCGGAUAUCAUGUCUGUGGGCUCUCAGACAUUUCCUCCAGGAGGACCUAAUGGGAUUCUCAGAAGUCAGUCAUUUGCUGGAUUUAGUGGCAUCCCAGAAAGAAGAUCUCGGUGCAACUCUUUUCUUGGAAACUCUUCAGCCCCCAAAAAACCUCAAGCAAAACAAAAGAAAAUGCACAACAUGGGCCAUAAAAAUGGCAGUAGUUCUAAAGAACCACAACCCGAGAGAGUAGAAGAAAUAUAUGGAGCCUUAAAAAAUGGCCUUGACGAGUACCUGGAAGUUCAUCAAACUGAACUAGACAAGUUGACUGCCCAGCUCAAAGACAUGAGAAGAAAUUCAAGGCUGGGAGUCCUGUAUGAUCUGGACAAGCAAAUCAAAACCAUUGAGAGGUACAUAAGAAGACUGGAAUUUCAUAUCAGCAAGGUUGACGAGCUAUAUGAGGCCUACUGCAUCCAGAGACGCCUAAGAGAGGGAGCAAGUAAGAUGAAGCAGGCAUUUGCUGCAUCCCCCUCAAGCAGGGCAGCACGAGAGAGCUUGAGUGAAAUAAAUAAAAGCUAUAAAGAGUACACUGAGAAUAUGUGCACUGUUGAAGCUGAAAUGGAAAGCCUAUUGGGAGAAUUUUACAUUAAAAUGAAAGGUCUAGCUGGCUUUGCCCGUUUAUGUCCAGGAGACCAAUAUGAGAUAUUCAUGAGAUAUGGGCGUCAGAGGUGGAAACUAAAAGGCAAAAUUGAGGUUAAUGGCAAACAGAGUUGGGAUGGAGAAGAAAUGUUUUUUCUUCCGCUGAUUAACAGUUUAAUAUCAAUAAAGGUGACAGAGCUUAAAGGAAUAGCCACUCAUAUGCUGGUGGGAAGUGUUACUUGUGAAACGAAGGAUUUGUUUGCUGCACGUCCCCAAGCUGUCGCUGUUGACAUAAAUGAUCUUGGUACAAUAAAACUUAACCUAGAAGUGACAUGGUGUCCAUUCGAUACAGAAGACCUGACACCGUCUACAGGAAAUGUAAACAAAGCAUCUGCUAUCCAGCGAAGAGUCUCCAUAUACAGCCAGGGCACACCAGAGACCCCUACAUUUAAAGACCAUUCCUUCUUUUCAAAUUUGCAGGAUGACGUCUUUGAUAGUGGAGUAGAAUCUAUUGAAAAGAGGGCACUCUCUUUAAGUUUUGACGACUUGCCCAAUGGCGAUAUUACUCCACCUAGAUCUACUCCCUCUUCCUCGUUGGGUUACUCCAAUCCAGAAAUCACAGUAACCCCACCAGAACAUAACCUCCAUGAACCGUCAUCAGAGGGACCUGUGAAGGACAAUUUGAGUGCCAGGUCUUCUGCAGACUCAAGUGGUCAAUCUCAAGACUCUCAGUCCCAUGCAGAGAAUAUUACUGAAAGUGAGGAAACCUUAGGAGAUAAAUUUGAAUUCUCUGCUUGCCAAAGCCCUCCUCUCAAAGUAGACAAUAGUAUAUUUAUUGAUUCAAAUGUUUCUGUGUCAAUUUUGCAAGAUUCUGAUGAGUCUUCUGAGCUUAAGCCUGUGGAGUUGGACACUUGUGAAGGGAAUAUUACUAAACAGCUGGUAAAAAGGCUUACAUCAACUGAAAUACCUGCCGUCCCAGAGAGACUCCAGGCUGAAUGCUCCACGUGUUGUGAAUCUGAAGCCAAUAGAUCCUUUUUGGAUGGAAGUUUGGAGGAAUCUUUUCAGGGACUGCUCCUGACUCUUGAACCUUGUAAGGACCAGUCUGAGGAGUACCAAGAGUUGUACCAGGAAAUUACACACCUAGAAGAUGUUUUAAAAUGCAAGCCAUCUGUAAACCGAAGCAGGUCUUCCAGUAUAAGUCUAACUGUUGAGAGUGCUUUAGAAAGCUUUGAUUUCCUGAACACCUCUGACUUUGAUGAGGAUGACGUUGAUGAGGAUGUUGGUGGGAUGGUUUGUAACGGUGGAGGCGCAGAUUCCAUUUUUUCAGAGGCUGAGAUGGAAAAGCAAAGCUAUAGAGUUGACCAUCCAGAAGCCCGAGGGCACCUGAGCGAGGCAUUAACUGAGGAUACUGGAGUAGGCACCAGCGUUGCAAGCAGUCCCCUGCCCCUUACCACAGGAAAUGAAAGCUUGGACAUCACGUUGGUCAGGCAUCUACAAUACUGCUCUGAGCUCAUUAAGCAAAUAAUUGUAUCAAGUCAAGUUCUAUUUGUUCUAAGAGACCUGAAAAAGAAAUUAAGCAAGCAAUGCCAAGUCAUCAAGAGACUUUCCGACAUCAGCAGAGAGAAUAUGGGCAACACAAAUUCAGUUGUAGAAGUUAUCUCUGGAUUUCAUGAUAUGCCAUCACUGUUAUCUUUUUGGAUGAAAUGCUCUGCACCUCACACAAUGUAUCACACCACUGCUGAAAAAAUGAUGAAACAACUGCAUGAAACAUUCAGCCAAACAGUGAAUGUAGAGAGCCCAGGACUUUCUGAAAAAGUUUUCAGGAAGCUGAUUGCUCAAAAUCUAGACAAAGCAGAGAACGUGUUGCCAGCUAAUUUGUCCACAGAAAUCAUUACGGUUUUCCCAGUAUUAUGAUUUCUUCAGCAGCCAUAAUAUUUCUGACCUCAAAAGCUAUUUAAUUCAGCUUACUAAGGAAGUUUUAGCUCUGCAGAUGCUCCAGACGUCAACGGAUAUAAGCGUGCUGGAUAAAAUGACAGAUUUAGAUCCAUAUAAUUUACCUCAGUGCCAGGAAUUUCUGACAUCCUUUACAGAGCUAUCUACCGAUACCGACAAAGAUGUCGAUCAAGCACUGGCCUUCCUUUCAUCUGCUGCUUCAUCGGAUGAGUUCAGAGAAAAUGCUCCAGAGAGUAUUACAACACCCUGUCCAUCAGAGAUCAGUAAAACCGUAUCAGAAAAUCUGAAAUCUUUUGGAGAGGAAGAACAUUGUGCACAUGACUCCAUAAACAAAGCUGCUUGGCUGAACCCAGAAGACACCCGAGGACCUGCUGCUGCUACUGCUUUCUAG